GAGCUAGGCUGGCUUCUUUUUCUAUUUAAACACCGCUCAUCUAAUUCAAUGUCUCACUGAUCUAUCGAUUGAAAUUACAUAGAGAAGCAAAAUGGGUGCUCUUGAUUACCUCUCCAACUUUUGUACCACUGUAAGUGUAACCAACUCCACCAUUAAGAGAGCCAAGCGCAAAGCAAUGCAGACGGUUGAGAUAAAAGUGAGAAUGGACUGUGAUGGUUGUGAAAGAAGAGUCAGAAAUGCAGUGACUUCAUUAAAAGGUGUGAAAUCUGUGGAGGUGAACAGAAAGCAAAGCAGGGUGAUAGUAAGUGGUUAUGUUGAUCCAAACAAGGUGUUAAAGAGAAUAAAAAGCACUGGGAAAGUAAGAGCUCAAUUUUGGCCUUAUGUUGAACAGCAACUUGUGUACUAUCCUUAUGCCUAUGGAGCCUAUGACAAAAGGGCACCCUCUGGAUUUGUUAGAAACGUUGUGCAGGCUGCCCCUAUGGCCUCAUCCAAUCAUCAAGAAGAAUUACUUGUCUCCCUUUUUAACGAUGACAAUGUAAAUGCAUGUUCCAUCAUGUAAUCUAUCUAGCUAAUAAUAUUGAAAUGUAAUCUAUGGUUUUUUUUUCAUUGGAUUUCAA